AGCCAAACUCCUCUACAGGGACAGGAAGCAGGGAAGGCGCUCCCGAGACAGGAGUCGGUGAAUGCUGAGGGGAAGCCAAAUUCUCGUGGAUUAUCCAAAGAAAGGGGCCCAGCGCUCCCCCCGAGCAAGGGGCUGGCGUGGGGGGAGGGGCAGACGGAGGGGGCUUCCUAGCCGGGCCGAGUCUCCGAGGCAGGGAGAAGACCCCGCCGACGGAAGCAGCUUCCUCCUUGAUCAGCAGGUAGUGGAUAGACCAAGGAAGUAAUUACAGAAAUUCUUCUCUGCAGGAAGAAAGGUCUGGAGGUUGGGGCAGGGCUUGGAGCUCGAGGGGGCCGGGCUCGGCUGGUGCCGGGGGCGGGAGCAGCGGCCGGAGAGUCGAGUUUUGCAGCCGGAGCUGGAGCCCACAGCCGCCUCUCUUCGCUUGCUCCUGUUCUCGCUCCCUCCGUGCCGCCGCCUCCUCCUCCUUCCCCUCCGGCUGCCGCCGUGAUGGGCUUUGGGAGCCUGCUGGCCCCGCUGGGCGCCCUCUUCCUGCUGCUGCGGCCGAAGUCGCUGUCCGAAGCGAUGGUGCCCCGGGUCAGCCUGCCUUAUGGCUCACAGGAGCGGACAGUGUGGAGGUUUGAAGCAGAGGGCAUCACCAACUACACAGCACUGUUGCUGAGCAAAGAUGGAAAAACACUAUUUGUGGGGGCCCGCGAGGCCCUCUUUGCUCUCAGUAGCAAUAGCAGUUUCCUGCCCGGGGGGCACUACCAGAAGCUGCUAUGGCCUGCCGACCCAGAGAAGAAACACCAGUGUGUCUUUAAGGGAAAGGAUUCACAGAGGGACUGUCACAACUACAUCAAGCUUCUCCAGCCACUCAACAGCAGCCACUUGUACACCUGUGGUACAGCUGCCUUCAGCCCAGUCUGUGCCUAUAUAAACAUUCAGAACUUCAGCCUGGAGCGAGAUGGAACGGGGAAUGUCCUGCUAGAGGAUGGGAAAGGCCGCUGUCCAUUUGACCCGGAGUACAAAUCGACAGCCAUCAUGGUUGAUGGCAAGCUCUAUGCUGGAACAGUCAGCAACUUCCAGGGGAACGAGCCAACCAUCUCCCAGAGCCAAGGGAAUCGCCUCACCCUCAAGACUGAGAACUCCCUCAACUGGCUUCAAGACCCAGCCUUUGUGAGCUCCGCUUACAUUCCUGAGAGCCUGGACAACCCACGGGGGGAUGAUGACAAAAUCUACUUCUUCUUCAGUGAGACUGGCAAGGAGUUUGACUUCUUUGAGAACACUGUUGUGUCCCGAAUUGCCCGUGUGUGCAAGGGGGACCUUGGUGGGGAGAGAGUACUACAGAGACGCUGGACAUCUUUCUUGAAAGCCCAGUUGCUUUGCUCCCGAUCAUCUGAUGGUUUCCCCUUCAAUGUGCUCCAAGAUGUCUUUGUGCUGAGCCCUAGCCCUAAGGACUGGCAAGAUACCCUCUUCUAUGGAGUCUUCACUUCACAGUGGCAUCAAGGAGCCGCAGGAGGCUCAGCCAUAUGUGUCUUCACCAUGCAGGAUGUAGAGAGUGCCUUCAAUGGCCUCUAUAAGGAAGUAAACCGAGAAACACAGCAGUGGUAUACAGUGAUGGAGUCACCAACACCCCGGCCAGGAGCGUGCAUCACUAACAGUGCCCGGGAAAAGAGAAUCAAUUCCUCUUUGCAACUCCCUGACCGUGUACUUAACUUUCUCAAAGAUCAUUUUUUGAUGGACAGGCAGGUCCGAAGCAGCCCACUGCUGCUGCAGAACAGGGCCCGUUAUCAGCGUCUCUCGGUGCAUCGAGUCCCUGGUCUGCACCAUACUUAUGAUGUCCUCUUCUUGGGCACAAGCGAUGGCCGACUACACAAAACUGUGAGCUCAAGGCAGAGAGUACAUAUUAUUGAGGAGAUCCGGCUCUUCCCACCUGACCACCCUGUACAGAAUUUACUGUUGGAUCCCCAAAGAGGGCUGCUAUAUGCUUCCUCCUACUCAGCUGUGGUUCAGGUGUCUGUGGCAAACUGCAGCCUGUACACAAGUUGUGGGGAAUGCAUCUUAUCCCGAGACCCCUACUGUGCUUGGAGUGGUACCAGUUGCAGGGACGUCAGGCACUACCGGCCCGAACUGGCCUCACAGCCAUGGGUACAGGACAUUGAAGCUGCCAACACUGAACAACUCUGCAACAAGUCUGCAUUCAGCCCCCAGCCUCCUACGUCGUCAGGUGAGACACCAUGCAAGCAAGUACGCUUCCUGCCCAAUACUGUUAACACUCUGACCUGCCGACUGCUCUCCAACCUUGCAUCACGACGCUGGCUACACAACAAGGUCCCCAUUAACAACUCUGCCUCUUACCGUGUGCUGCCCAGUGGGGACCUGCUUCUGGUGGGCAGCCAGGAUGGGCUGGGCUCUUUCCAGUGCUGGUCCAUGGAGGAGAACUUUCAGCAGCUGGUGGCCAGCUACUGUGUGGAGGCUACCGAGGAGGCUUCAGAUGGAGAGGAGGGCUCUAUCAUCCCCCUCAUCAUCAACACCUCCCGCGUGAGCUCGCCUGCCAAUGGCAAGGCCGCUUUGGUGCCUUACAAGACUUAUUGGAACGAGUUUCUGCUGAUGUGUGGUCUGUUCGGAUUUGCCGUUGUACUUCUAGCUCUCUUCUUCCUUUAUCGACACCGAGAUAACAUGAAGGUCUUCCUCAAGCAGGGAGAGUGUGCCAGUGUACAUCCUAGGACCCGCCCAGUGAUGCUGCCCUCUGAAAACCGCUCCCUCAAUGGAAGUGGCCCCCCUAGUGCCCUGCCUGAUCACAAAGGUUACCAGGCCCUUGCUGACAGCUCUCCAGGACUGCGAGCUUUCACGGAGUCAGAAAAGAGGCCGCUCAGUGUUCAGGACAGCUUUGUAGAGGUGUCUCCCCCGUGCCCCCGGCCCCGGGUGCGGCUGGGCUCUGAGAUCCGUGACUCUGUGGUAUGAGCGCAGGAGAUGGGCAAAUGCCAACUUUGGCCUAGGGACUAGGACUCCAUGUAGAAUGGCCAGGCCUUUCUGUUCCUCAUCAAAGAGCACCCAGAAGUCAAAGAAUGGAGCUAAUUAGUGGGGCAGCUCCCUUCUACUUCCUAAGGGAGUCUCUGGGGAUGUACACCAGCCAGAGAGAGAAGGAUCAUCAGCCUUAUAGCCUGCCUUGUAGCCUCCUCCCCUCAACCAGGAAUGAAAGAAAGGUGGUUUUGCUGGCCCUGGGUGAUUACCUUGAAGCUCCACAUAUUGAAUCUACAACCAGAAGGCCCCUAGAGGGGACCCAGUUGUUCAGGAAUGUCUUUCACUCCUCAGUCUUUGCUGAAGACUGUUCUGACAGACUAGCUCUGAGCCCUUUUGAAAACAUUUUUCUUUAAAAAAGAGAAUGUGAAACAAGUGGGAGGGAUGAAAAGUGAUCAAGAACUUUCUUUGAGCCUUGUUCUGGAAAGGCUUCAGUUCAUGGGCUCCCCCUUCCUUACAAUUUCCUUGGGGCAUUUUGGAUAUACCAGGAGAAUAAGAUUCCCUGAGCCUGAGUUUGAAAUACAUCUUCUUCUUCAACGUGCCUCCUUUCAGUUCUUCCUGUGUUCUGCUGCCAAAGUCAAUCACUGCAGAGCCCCAGGGCUAUCCCUGAGGCCCCCAAGGAGUCUGGUCCUUCCAGGCCAAGGACCCCUGAGUGUGAGAAAGCCAAACCAGAGCACACUUUCUCCUACCUCCACAGAACUGUCAAGCUACAGACAACAGGAGAAUUGUAUAUCACUGCCAAACCUGCCAAGCCACAGGGACUAGUAGUGGCUUUUCUACAUGCUCUCUUGGGACACUAGAGGGCUGGCGUAAGGCUGCUGUCAUCACUAUAUUAAGGGAGGAGAUAGAAUCACACUCCAUUUUUUGAUGGAGUUCAUGUUGAACAUCAAAGACUAGACUGUCUUCCCUUCCUAACAAUCUAAAAGAACCACUGUGUCCCCAUCCUUCUUCGUCCUCUGACCCUUUUGGACUUCCUCCUAUUUUCCAUAAAUGACUAACCUCCCCAAGCUUAAUAAUUAUCUGGCCCUUUGUGCUGUUUCUACCCAAAGGAACAAUGACACUGCCCAGUCCAGGGGCCAAGAAUCUAUGUGGGUUUUGUAUCUUUUUUUUUUUUUUUUUUAUAAAAUGCACUUUACUUUUUUUUUUUUAAUAAAAAUCUGAAACUGAAUUUUAACUUAUUGCAGUAUGCCUUUCCCUCUCACACUGAAUGCUGUUAUUAAAAACUGGUUCUGCCUUGGGCAGACAAAAGUCCAAUUAUCUUUGUCAUCCUUAUGUUGGGCCUGCCUCUAUAGUGUGAAUGAGUUUCUUCUAUUUAUUUAUUUUUUUAAAUAAAUAAUUUUACUAUUUA